ACGAGUGUCGCACACUGCGCUACGCUGUUAAAACGGCAAAUAUGGCUCGACUAUGUUAAUACACCCGAGUAUAGCAGUUAGUGGUAGCGCGUAGCGCACCCUUUAACUGACAAGCUGUCACGUUUAUAACUUGACGUUCGGAGGGAGAAUAUGGAUGGAAAAAAUAAUGGAGUUAUAUCAGAGGUUUUGAUUUAAGGACAAUGAGAAGAAAGCAAAAUAAACCGGAAAAAUCUGUAGGGGGAAAUUAGAAAUGGACUUGAGAAUAAAGUUUGAUGGAAAAACUUUAAAAGAAUGGAGAGAAUUUAAAGAACCUACUGCAGUGAGUGAAGAGCAAAAUGGGCUGAAAACGGAGGAAACUUCAUCUAAAAGACAGCAUAUGGGCACAAGUAGGGAAAAAGAAACUGCAAAUGGUGGCCACAAAGUAAGGGAGAAAACUCCACCAAAGGGAGGCAACUUUGAAUGCAAGCUUAAACUAGGGGAGCUAAUCAAAGCAAAGAGUAAACAUUUAAAAAUGAGCCCUGUGCAAAUGGUUGAGGAACAGGAAGAGGAGGGAAGUAUUGGUGAAAGUGAAGAUAGUGAAGAUAUAGGAAGACUUGUUGUGAAUGAGAGUGAGAAAGAUCAUGAAACGGAUGAAGUUCAAAGCGAGGGUGGGGAAAAUAAAGUUUGUGACAUUCCAACACCACAAUAUGUGCUCAACGACAUUCCAAUCAAGACCAGUGAAGAUGAUGGAAAUGAGUCACCAGCUCCAAACCCACAAUUUCUCAUCAACCAAACUCUACCCUUAGUUUCGGAACUGAAUGAAGAUCCGAUUUCCAAUGAUUCUUCAGUGUUUGAGAAAAGUUCUGAGUCACCUUUAGCGAUUGACCUGUCCAAAUCCCCCGAGGUUCCUCCGAUCCUGCAGGUGAAACCCCCGUACAAGGGUACCAUGGUUCCAUGCGGACAGUUGAAGGAAUAUCUUGAUUCCUUACCAACGUUCAAUCGCAAAUGCAUGCUUCGAAAGGGGAGAGAAGUCCACAAAAUCUAUGUUGACAUGACUAAAGGGGAAACGUUUCUUGAUGACCAAUUUGCUUACACAGAAUUUGGCCGCAUGGUUUUGACGAAUGGAAGUAUUCGUGCUGGGCGAGCAAAGAAUGCCAAGCAGAUAGUCGUUGCUAGGGAAACGCUGUAUUGCAGUGGAACCACAGCAUGUAAGCGGGCGUGUGGAGGCUACGGAUUGUGCUUACCAGGCUGCGACAAAACGAAAAUGCGAGGCCACCGUUGUUCAUACAGAAUCAAGCUCACCCAGAGGCUUGGCUUCGUCAAUUUCUGGUUUGUUGAGGAGCUUGGAAGUCAUGAUCAACUUAACGGAAAAGACUGCGAUUUCAAAGUUAACUCCCAGCAUGCCUCAAUGGUGUCUGAUUCCAAACUUACAGACUUUACAAGCUCUUUCAAAGUAAAGCUUCCAACCAUUCCAAAAUCCCCCCGAAAGCUUGCUCCGAAGCCUUUCAAGAAACUCACCGCUGAGAAAGGACAAGGAAAUGGAAAAAUGGACCCAGCUCGGCCUGAUUCGAAUACCGACGCUACAACUUACAAUUAUGUGCUGGGUUCAAUUCCCAACAGUGAAUCAGCUGAAGAACUUACGUCAGCUGUAUCUAGUCAACAGUCAUCUAAUUUUUCUAAUGAUGCUUCACUUGCCAUUUCUAUGAACAUCACACCUAGUCAGUUCCCAUGUGCCACAGAUAUGAACACUAACAAUGCCAUGUUGUCUGCAAGUUUACAAGCUGCGGGCCAAACCUUGCCAUCUAUGUUACAACCAGUGCCAUCUCUGACCCCAGCAAUGAGCUCAAUGCUGCAAGCAAAUCUCAUAAACUACAUGACCUCCAUGACAAACUUAGGCAUUCCUGUGUCUAACGCUUCCAACUUACCAAAUGGUGCUAUAAACCCUUUUCUAGUCAAUAUUAAACAAGAACCGUCCAGUCAUGACUUACAGAGCCAGAAUGUACUCGCGUUUUCUCAAGCAUUCCCCUUGAUAGCUCCGCCUCUCCAGUUUUCACCCCAGGGACCAAACCCAGGUCACUCUAGCCUAAGAAGCCCCUCCCCCUCACAGAGCAGCAGCCAAGGUCACAAGGAGAGGUCACCACUCGCAAGAGACCAAAAUGCCAAUAUUCAAAAAUCACUAGAUAUAGAGGCAAAAAUCAAAAGAGAAGCCUCAGGUCGUGUACAGGCAAAUCAUGAAACACUUGGACAGGUUCAAAACAGAAUUAUGGAGAGAGCUAAAAGUCGUAAAAGCGCUCACACAAUGCGUGUCCCACAGAGGAAUGAGACAAAUGUAAUUGACUUAUCGAAAAGUGUGAAUGAUAUAAAGCAGGAAAACUUUUCUGUCACAAAAGAGGGUUUAUGUGGAAAGCGUUCCAUUGAUGAUCUCAUAGACCGAAAAGUUAUGUCAUCUCAGACAUUCAAACGUCUUCAGACACUAAACCAUGUGAUCCAGAGCGAUGUCUUCCAAAAAGCAAAAAAUAGGCUUGAGAAAAAUAAUGUGGCAAAUCUUAAAAGUGGUUCUGAAGAAAUUGCUCUUAAUUUAACAACACGCAAUUCACAAUUUUCUAAAUUCGAUUCUGACCAACAGACGGAUACCCAACAAAGUUAUUUCAAGCUGGCCGAGGCUUGGAAGGAAGGGAGGCAACUUGAUCUUCCUCAUGAAUUGACCAACGGGCAAGAACCAGACUUGCAGGAACCAAUGGAGUUGUCUCCUCUUUCUGCUCAAUAUGGCUCAACCAAUGGAAAUAAAGAAAACGAGAGACUCGACAUGGUAAAUGGUCUGUGUAACAGCGCCAUCACUGGUAUAACUGAUGCAACAAGUUCUCUAACAAAUAAUGAAAAGGAGCUGAUGUCGAGAAUCCGUCAGCUUGAGACUCAUGUGAAGGUGCUUCAGAGAGCCGUCAAAGAAGAGAACUCUGUAGCUCCACCUAUGCCCCGCAUGGCUAUGAAGAGGAAAAAGAAGUUUCGUCCCAUUGACUUCAACAAGUACACCAUGCGUCAUGUAGCACUGAAGAUCAUGUACCUCGGCCACGACUACACAGGAUAUGCUGGCACAGAGGAAGCAGAGCACACCAUUGAACGUGAACUGUUUGAGGCCCUUAUAAAGUGCAAGCUUAUUGAGUCCAAAGAGUCAGCAUGUUAUAGUCGGUGUGGUCGAACAGAUAAGGGUGUUAGUGCAUUUGGACAGGUCGUCUCUCUUGAUGUACGCAGCAACUUGCUGUCGGGGGUUGGGGUGAAAGUGAGAGAAGGGAUGACAGCGCAUGAAAGACCUGGCGACAAGACCACGGAGAUACGUUACUGCCACGUGCUGAACAGGAACCUACCACGGGACAUCAGGGUGCUCGCCUGGGCGCCAAUAGACCCAGACUUUAGUGCGAGGUUCAGCUGCAGGAGAAGAACGUACAAGUAUUUCUUCCCCAAAGGAGACCUUAAUAUACUGCUCAUGGAAGAAGCCGGCAAAAAAUUGAUUGGCGAAUAUGACUUCCGCAACUUCUGCAAGUUCAAUGUUAAAGAUGGCAUUACAAACUAUGUUCGAAAAAUCAUGGAGGUUGAAGUCAAGACUCUAGAUGAGACCGAUGACGGAUUCACAAUGUGCGAACUCACGAUCGUCGGGAGGGCGUUCCUGUGGCAUCAGAUUCGCAGCAUCUUUUCUGUGCUGUUCCUUGUUGGCAAAGGGAAAGAAUCGGUUGAAGUGGUUGAUGAACUUCUGAACAUUGAGAAAAAUCCGCGUAAGCCGCAAUAUAACAUGUCAUCUGACGCGCCUUUGUGCUUGUAUGACGCUGACUUUGGAGGAGAAUUUGAGUGGAUUUACGAAGCUGAAUGCCAUGAAGACAACCUCACCUCCCUCCAGCAGCUUUGGGCUGAGCAUUCCAUCAAAGCAACAAUGGUAAAGAGCAUGCUGAAUGACCUCGAGAAAGCUAAAGUGGAAACAGACUGUGACAUUGCACCCUGGUGUGAUCUGAGUCCCCCUCUACUGAUGCAGUCUGAAUGGCUCGUAGAAGACAGGAAUCCUAAGGUGCUGAUGGAGAGACAGGGAGGCUUGACCCUUGACGAGAUGAUAGCAUCACACGAGUCGAGAAAACAGCGAUGGAGAGAAAAUGCUGAAAUUGAAGCGCAGGACGAUAGCAGUGAAGAGGAGAUGACGUCACGGAAACGUCAACGUCUUGAAAUUGAUAAGCCUAGCCACAUAGAUGAUAAGCCAUUUGGAACAUUAGAUAAACCCAAGUCCGGAGAGAAUAAGGAUCCUCACAUAAUUUAUGGAGAAAACAAUAAAGGAGAUGAUGACACUGUAAGGGACAUUGAUGGAGAAACUACUAAUAUGAAGGCUGAUAAAGAUAUUUGCAAUUCUAAAACCUCUCUUAAGGAUAAUGGGGAGGAAAACUUGGAGACAUCAGAGAAUGGUAUGAAAGGAGAAGAGAAAGUGGGAAGAAGUACACAAGAAGAGAUUGGGGAAAGCUCAGUUAUAAGUCAAACUGGGGAAUGAGUCAUUUCCUUUGAUAAUUAUCAUGAGAAAUUCUCAGUCCAAUGAUUAAUUUGAAAAAUAAGACGUUAAUCAGGAUUUUGUUGUAGAAUGCAUUGAAAUUUAUUUGCAAGGAUUAUUACUAUUGAGAAUUUUGAAACAUGGAUAUAAUGGAAUCAUGUUUAAAUACAAACUGAUUGAGAAAAGUUAUUUCAUUUUUCAAUUUACUGUACAUCAGGUAACGAUACUGACCAAUUUGACAGAGAAUAUCUCACAACAAACAGAGGUUAAUAAUGACACAUAUUACUCGAUGACUUAUACUGCAAUAAGACAUGGACUCAAGUUGCUCAAGGUAAAGGAAAGGCAAAGUGUUAGAGAAGAACCUGGAUGAAGACUUUUACCAGUUGUAUGGUAGAAGGGUGAUAUUUGGUGAUCAUUACUCCAAUGUCAAGGCAAGUUGUUGGAAUUAGAGAGGAGAGCGUAGUAGAGAGGAGAGCGUAGUGGAGAAGGUCAAGGUUAAUGGUGUUUAUGACACUGAGGUCAAUGUAUAGAGAAAGGGACAUUGAAAAGGUCAUGGCCUUAGAUGAAAAACAAGGUCAAUGUUGUUCAUCACUCUAAGGUCAAGGUCUGUUAUUCAAGUCAGAGUGGAGAGAAGGUCAUGACUUCAGAGAAAAAAAAACAAGAUCAAGGGUUUUCUUUACGCUUAAGGUCAAGGCCAGAAUUUCAUGUUAGAGAGGAGAUAAUAGUUGAAAAGGUCAAGGCUGUGGAAAAAAGAAACCAAACAAGGUUUUUAUCAGUGGAGUUGUAUAUAAUGGGUGAUAUAAGUUUGAGGUUCAUUACCCUAUGUGUGUACGGUCAAGGCCAGUAGUUUGCUUUUAACCAUUUGAGCCACUGCAGUUGGACCAAAAUCAAAUGAAUUGAACUGAUAUUUAUCAUUAAUCUGUCACAUAGAAUUGAGUUAAGCAUGUUUACCUUGUUUUCUUGUACUCUAGAUAUAUGGAGUUAUUGAGCAUAUGUCAGGCUUUUUUGUGCUUGUGGUAAUUUUGACCACUAUUUUGGUUAAGUGCUUUCUGUGUGUAUUGGUUGCUAUUGAUUGCCUUAUUUUAGAGAAGCACUUUUUUCAGAUUUGUUAGUUCUGGUAAAUUUUACAAGGCCAUUAUUUAAUUUAUUCGAAAAGCACUGAUAAAUUGUUUUAUAUUUGUGGUCUGCUGUUGCAUGAAAACUAAACCCUCCCAAAAUGCAACAUCAUUGAGGGUUGCUUGCAGAAAAAGAAAUAAAUCCGUUUGGUCUGCUGGAACUUACAACAGCCUUGCUGGAGGUCUUCAAUAUGUUUUUUUUAUCAUGAUCAUGAACUUUGUAAAAAAAAAAUUUGAAAUAUGUAAAAUGUGUGUUUUACACAUUGUCUUCUGUUUUAUUGGUUUGUUAACUAAAUUUAUAUUUUAUGGUAUGUUGCCAUGGUAAUGGGACCAUUGUUUACAUUGUAUACUUCCAUUGUUGUUGAAAAAGCAUUAGAAUAUAUGAAUAUUUAUAUUUAUACUCCUGCAAACAAAGUUUGAAGUCUGCAUUGGGUUGGUCUGUUGGGCGGAUAGUCAGUUGGCUAAAUGCUGUAUAGCGAUAUUCUCCAACAGUUUAAGAGAUAAUACUCUGAUACUAUGUACUCAUUCCCACCUUGAUGGGUAAUAUUGCCUGAAGUAUUUUUAUUGGCCUGUGGCCACCACGUCUUACAUGUACAGUAACAUGCCCUAGAGUAGGAUUUUUACACUUUUGGCUACUUGAAUAUUGAGGUUUGUGGAGCGAACAACUCCCACAGUUUUAGAGGUAUUUCUAUUGCCCAAAUUUCUGGAAACUUCAUAAGUCCCUUUAAACAGAAUUAAACUAAGCUGACUAUUUGUUGUUUUUCAAUAAUUUGCGAAAUAUUUUCUUGUUAAAAGUUUUUAAUACUUUAGACAGGAAUGAUCUUUAUGAUAGCACGGACUCGUAAUAGGUACGUGAUGAUAAUAUUAAUGUUCAAAACAUAAACUUAUGUGCCACCCCUGUCAAAGAUAUAGACCUAUACCAUGUUUGAGAGUUACAUUAACUCCCAUAUUGGAAUGGUAACAGUAGGCGGGGCUAAACAGUUCAUUAUCUAAUACAUGGAUCAAUAACAAUGAUAUUCACUUAUGUAGUAUCUUAGUUAUUGAAUGUUGCCUUGACAACAUGGUACCCACUUACCUCGUAUUUUGAGUACUAUUGAAAUUAUUUCAAUAGUAAUACACAGUUGUGGAUGCCAGAACUAUAACUUAGUAUAGUUUUACAUAACAUAGGAACCUUUUACACAUGUAUACAGGCUGAACAUUACUUUCUCAUUAAACAAAAGUGCGAAGUUCAUUUAUCUCUGUUUAAUUACAGAGUGAUGUUGUUAUUUAGGUAUCGUUAUUUAGUGUGUUGUGAGAGUCAUGUAUGAUGUCUGAUCUGAGACCUUACUCCGAUCCUUUCUAUGAAAUGGUGUUCUAUCUUGGUAUAUAGAGAAUUUUACUAUCAAGAUAUUUUUGAAAUAGUCAUUUCUCCAAGAGCUAUUCUGUAUAUCUUGUUGAGAGAAUUUAUCUCUCAAGAUAUUACUUUCAAAAUAGUAAGAGCUACCUGCACUUCAGUUUAAGCUUUAUUAAGGAGUCUAAUACCGUUGAUGCACGUUCUUUUGUCAUAAAGUAACUGAUAAAGUAUGUCAAUGGAAGAAAACAAGUAAAAUAAAUUACAUUCUUAAGCUUUCACUGUGUAGAAAAAUUGACAAAUUGACGCAUGCAAAUCAAAAAGUUCUGUUUGAAUUACUUACCAACGGUUAAGUUUAUAAUUUUUAAAUGUUUUUUUAGUUUGUAAUAUGACAGAUGACAUAGAUUGUAUUAAUAUACAUGGAAUAAAUUGUUUCAGUUUCAGUUUUUCACUACAUACUUGACAAAGUAUUUAGAUUUUACCCACUUUUUAUCACUGUUUUUUGCUUGUGUAUUUGUCUAUCUUAGUAUAUUAUGUAUAGUAAAAACGGUAAAGAAGUGAAGCUGUAGAUUAUACCACAUUUUAAUGUUUUAGUGUAUUAUCGUCUUGCUUGGUCAAAGGGUACAUCUGAAUGUAGAUAUUUUGUGUUGUGGACGUGUUGCUAAUGUUGAAUGUUGCCAUGGAGGUCUUCGUCAUUCCAAACAUACAUUUUCAGAUCACGUUGUAUUAACAUGUUAUGUAUACAUUAAUUAAGGUACUCAGCAUGACAUGGUCUCGCAGUAUUCAAGUUCAGGUAAGCCAUCCAUCAGAUAAAAAGAAAUGAUAUAAAUUAGGCUAGGUAUGUAGGAAUUACUCUUUUUUUCUCUUUUUCAUUUGUGAGAACCAGGUUUUUGUACCUAACUGACCUAUAUCAGGGUAUUAAUACCACUAUUGUAGAAAAUUUUAGAAAAAAAUAAUCCAAAAUUUAAGAUAUUCACUCAGAAAAUGCUCAUUAUAAGGAAUUUAUCCAAAAAAACAACAUUAUCGUCAAAUAAAUGUAGACUUGGGAGGAAGAUAUAGGGUUGGUGGCGAUUGUGGAAACAAACAUUAUUAAAAUAAAUUAAGCCUCAAAAGGAAGCAAAGACUUGUUUAUAAAUUAACAUCGAGAUAACUUCUUUUUAAAUUUAUAUUGAUGAACCAUUAUAUUAUUUUUGAUGGAUUGCAUUUUUGAAUAUCACCAUAAUAAUGCUAAAUGAUAAAGUAUAAUAAAAGGAGAUAUCAUAAGAAAACAUUAAAAUGAGACAACAAAGCAAUUCUAUUAAUUAGUUUCUGAAAUAUUAUAAUGUUUACACAAAUGUUUAUACAAAAAGUUUUCGAUGAAAACAUAAAAUUUCUUAAACUUAACAUUUCGUAAGUUUAAACUAGAUGUAGCCUUUUGUUGCAUUUAUGUUGGAUGGAUUACCUUAAUGAACUUUGUAUGUAACUACUUGCGGUUUACUAAAUCUAUAUUAUACGUUUUGAAACAGAUUAUAAGGUAACAUGUGCCAAACAUCACAGAUAUACUUGUAUGCAUCAUACUAUUGCUUCAAGAAAUCACUGAAUUCAAACAUUGCGGAAUGUUGUUACAAUUUAUAAUAUUCAGCAAUCUACACUUUUCCAAAAAAGUUCAACCUUAUGUCAUGGACAAAGGUUGACCGGCUUAGUGUUUGAGAUUAUAUUUUGUCUAUUUGCCCAGCCACUGUUUAAACCUACUGAUUCACAUGAUUUAAAUCAACAAUAAUCAAAAUAAAUGUAUGGCAGAUUUGAGGAAUAAUAGCAUCCCAUUGGACAAAAUAUAAUUUCAAACACUAAUUGUUUGUUGUUACUUAAACAUCAGUUAUAAAUAGAUAUUAUAUGCUGUGCGAUGUCAAACUUACGAUAUUUACUCAAUGUGCUUUUUCAGAGAGGUGCUUUUAUAUGAUGUUUUAGAUAUUUGUAGAAGUAUUUUAUGGAUUAAAAUUAACUCACAGAAUUGUUGUUUGAGAUUUUUCAGAAAUUACCAUAUUCAAUUAUUGGUAUUUAUAGUCUAGUCAUAUAGUUUACUGUCUGUAUUGUUUGAUUGUUGGAUAUGGUGUUAUGUACAUAUUUACAUGUUUUAAUAUUUAAAAAAGAUUGUAAAACAGAAAAGCAAAGUUAUUUAGUAGAAAUGUUACAGUUUCAAUAACAUGUUUAAAAUAUAUAAGUCUGGUGAAGUGUGUUUUUUACAGAGUUUUAAAAUUUAUCCUAGCUCUGUUUACUGUAUUGAUUGAUAUUUUUAGCAUUUAAAACAUUCUGGUCCGUUUCCUUGGAUACGUCUUGUGUUUGUCAGUAACUAAUUUGGUAUUGAAUAAAACAUCAAAAUAUU